GCACGUGGUGCGAGUUAUUUUUUUGUCGUUAAAUUUUUUUUCGUACACAAGUCAAAGUCGUCUACACUUUUCAUUUGUUACCACGUUGUCAACAAAGCCCUAUAGAAUGUUUGGAAACAAGAAACUGGGACCGUUUGUUGGUGCUGGCACUAAAAACGAAUGUCAAGAAUCAACAUCGAAUAAUAACGUCAUUUCGAGCGCGUCGGGCCAAAACGAUGGGUCAGGAGACGCCGAAAACAUCGAUAAAACCAAGUUAAUCGUGAAUUAUAUCCCCCAAUACACCACAGAAGAAGAUUUGGCUUUGAUUUUUUCCCAAAUAGGACCCAUUGAGAGUAUUCGAAUAAUGAAAAAUUUGCGAACCGGAUACAGUUAUGGAUAUGGGUUUGUUAAAUAUUUAAAAGCUGAGGAUGCUGCCAAGGCUAUCGAAGGACUUAGUGGAUUGAAUUAUAGAAAUAAACGGUUAAAAGUUUCAUAUUCGAGACCGCCGGGUCAAACGAUGAAAGAAUCUAAUUUAUACAUUUCUAAUUUACCAAAGGAUGUGACUGAAAAGGAUCUCGAUAGGAUGUUUGGAGUUUAUGGCGAGAUUAUACAAAGAAAUGUUCUUAAAGACAAGAUAACGGGGUUACCCCGAGGAGUUGCUUUUGUGAGAUUUUCUAAAAGGGAAGAAGCCCAAGCAGCAAUAGCUAGUCUAGAUGGGAAACAACUGGAAAAAUCGAUGUUUCCUCUAAGUGUGCGCGUCGCGGACGACCACAGCAAACAAAAAGCACAGUUUUUAGAGCACCAGUCGUACUUUUUGAGUAGAGGUUUUGGCGGUGGUGGUGGUUUCCGAGGACCGUUUCCGCGCGGAGGAAACUUUCCGGGCCACCAGAGGAGCCCCAGUUUCGUAAAUAGUCGGUUUUUAGGAGCCGGCGACAGCCACUUUCUCAGCUCGAUGUUCUGGUAACCAAAUGAAAAAAUCAAAACACACGAAAAAAAAACGUAAACGAGAGAGUGAUUGUAACAAGAAAAAAACCUAAGAAUUUUGAAACAAGAUUUGAGGAGAACCCCCCAAAAACACAAAUAAGAAUACAACGCGUCGUGUGGAUUUGAUUUUUUUUUUUUAACUCUCUCGAUUCUAUUUUGAUUUUUUUUUUUCGUUGUUUUUAAUUAUUUGCUUUAGAUUAAAAAAAUCAAAAAAAAAAUUGAUACGAAAAAAUGAUCAAAAAAAUGAGAUGGAGUUGUUUAUGGAAACCUGUUGGGUGAUUUUAUUGAUAAAUGAAACCAAAAAAUAAAUAGGCGGCUGGUUUUUAAUGUU